GGCCAGUGGACGCUCGGAGACAUGUUGUGCGAGUUCUGGACCAGUUUGGAUGUGCUCUGUUGCUCAGCCAGUAUAUUGCAUUUGCUGGCCAUCGCUGUGGACCGGUAUUGGGCGGUGACUAACAUUGAUUACAUACACCAACGAAACGCCAAACGCAUCGGUCUAUUAAUUGUGAGCAUUUGGUCGGUGGCGGCCAUUAUAGCACUGGCGCCCAAUUUCGGGUGGAAAGACGCCGACUUCAAAGACCGGAUCAGAAUCGGCAAGAUUUGUAUCGUCUCUCAAAACAUCAGUUACCAGAUCUUCGCCACAGUCGCCACGUUUUACGGACCACUCAUUCUCAUACUUGUUCUCUACUGGAAGAUAUAUCAGGUGGCCAGAAAGCGGAUCCGACGAAAGCCCGGCAGCAAAAUCGAGGUAAAGACGAGUCAAUCGGAAGCGCCGAUU